AUGGCGUCUGUGGAGGCCGAGGCCGUGUGCGGCGGAGGGGCGGAGGCCGUGUGCGGCGGAGGGGCGGAGGCCGUGUGCAGCGGAGGGGCGGAGGGCGUGGGCUCCAAGCGCUCGCGCGAGGAGGCCGCGCUCCUGUGCGUGAUCUGCCUCGAGGAGAAGGACGAGGAUGGCCGGCUGCCGGUGCUCGCCUGCGCGGAGGGCCACGCCAUGCACGCGUCCUGCCUGAGCGCGUACGUGUCGACCAAGGCGGUAGAGCUUCAGGGCGUCUCGUACAUUGCCGCAAAGGCGGACACGGCCAGCGUCUCGGGGGACGCCGCCGCUCUCGACGCGCUCGCCGGCGCGUGCUGCUGCCCGCUCCGCGGGUACGGGUGCAGCGCCGAGGCCUUCUCGGACCGCGACAUUGCGCAGCACGCGAGCGAGGGCGCCUUCAGCGCGUACCUGGAGGGCAAGACGCUGCUGCCGAUCGCGCGCAAGGUGGAGAAGGUGCUGGCCGAGGGGUCCGAGCUGGCGCUCCUCGUGCCGAACGGGCGGAUGUGCGGCCGGUGCUCGUACGGGCCCGUCGAGCUCGAGGCGUGCAACGACCUCCUCGCCCACCACGGCGAGCGGCGGCCCGGCUCCUCCGCGCCGGUCAACAACGCGUGCCCGCAGUGCGGCUGGUUUGCGCCGUCCAUCGAGAUGUGGCCCCGCUGGGUGCCGACCGCCACGGCCGCGGGAGAGGCGCACUGGGCGGAGCUGCACGCCACCGAGGACGAGGUGACCGCCGCCGAGCGGCGCGCGAGGCGGAGGCGGCGCGCAGGCGGGCGGAGCAGCGAGCAGAACGCGGACGCGCUCGCCGACUUCCGCGCCGCCGUCGACGAGCGGCGGGAGCGGCGGCAGCAGAUGAUCCGGCUGAUGCACCGAAUCGAGCUGGCGUGCGCGGCCGCGGCGAGGACGCGCUCGCCGCCUCGUGCGGGCGAACGGUGGACCCCACUCUUUGGUCUCCCAUCGCCGCUGUGA